AUGUCUGGACAAAACGCUCUAAAUGCCAAGCAGCCGCCGAUCCAGUCCACGGCAGGAGCUGUGCCGAUCCUAAAUGAGAAAGGUGAAGUUUCUAUGGAAAAGGUGAAGGUGAAGCGAUAUGUGUCAGGAAAGCGUCCAGAUUAUGCUCCGAUGGAGUCCUCGGAUGAGGAGGAAGAGGAUUUCCAGUUUGUCAAGAAAGGCAAGGAGGCUGAACCGGAGAUGGAAAUGGAAGAAGAGGAUGUAUCAGAUCCUCGUCUUCGACGUCUUCUGAACCGUGUGUCGGAAGAUGUUGAAGAAAGACUUGCGAGACACAGACAAAUAGCUGAACCAGAGCUGAUUGUUGAGAGCAGUGAGGAUUCAGAUGAGGGAACCUGGCACCCUGAGCGGGAGGAGAGCAGUGAAGACGAGGAAGAAGAGGAGGAGGUGGAUGAUGAGGAAAUUGAGAGGCGACGAGCGAUGAUGCGGCAGCGAGCCCAGGAAAGGAAGAACGAGGAGAUGGAGAUCAUGGAGGUGGAGGAAGAGGGGAAGUCUGGAGAAGAAUCAGAAUCCGAGUCAGAGUAUGAGGAAUAUACAGAUAGUGAGGAUGAAACUGAACCGCGGUUAAAGCCUGUUUUUAUCCGCAAGAAGGACAGGGUGACUGUGGCCGAACGUGAAGCGGAGGAGCAGAGGCAGAAAGAGCUGGAAGUUGAGGCCAAGAAACAAGCUGAGGAAAGACGUCGUUACACACUCAAGAUUGUAGAGGAAGAGGCCAAGAAGGAGUUUGAAGAGAACAGACGCACUCUGGCUGCUCUGGAGGCACUGGACACAGACGGGGAAAACGAGGAAGAAGAGUACGAAGCCUGGAAGGUUCGAGAGCUGAAGCGAAUCAAGAGGGACAGGGAGGCUCGUGAAGCAUUCGAGAAGGAGAAAGCUGAGAUUGAGAGAUUCCACAGUCUCACGGAGGAGGAGCGUAGAGCUGAACUUCGCAACAGUGGAAAACUUGUUACCAACAAAGGAACCAAGGGCAAAUACAAGUUCCUGCAAAAGUACUACCACAGAGGAGCUUUCUUCAUGGAUGAAGAGCAAGAUUUGUACAAGAGAGACUUCAGCGCUCCAACCCUUGAUGACCACUUCAACAAAACUAUUCUGCCUAAAGUUAUGCAGGUCAAGAAUUUUGGUCGUUCUGGACGCACCAAGUACACACAUUUGGUGGACCAGGACACCACCUCCUUCGACUCGGCUUGGGCACAGGAAAGUGCACAGAACACCAAGUUCUUCAAACAGAAGGCAGGGGGCGUGAGAGAUGUGUUUGAGCGUCCGACAGUGCAGAAGAGGAAGACAUGAACACCUUUCUGAACAUCUGUUAUGUUCAGACGCAGCUAAAAUAAGAACUGUCUCACAUCUUUUUUCCUACAUUCACGUAUUUUUUUUUUUUGUUUGUACCACCGAGGCUGAAAUUCCCAGUGUGGCAAAGAAUCUUGGUUUAUUGCAUUUUAAUUCUGUACAUUUGAUGGAUUUCUUUACAGAAAUUUGUAUCCUUCUGAUCAGCAAUUUGUACAAAUCUUACUGUUGUUAUUGUUAAUAAAUUACUAUGACAAGUAGAAAUUA